AUGGAUAAUUUAACAAAUAUUGAAAAUGGAAAAAGAUGGGAUAGAUCUAGAGCAAAAAAAGGAAAUAAACAAACCAUCCUUGGUUUGUCCAUGCAUGAUGACAAUCAUCACAAUCCAAGCAAAUAUUUUAUCUUUAAUCAAUACUUUAUUCAUGGUCAUGAAUAA